CUAGUAGUACCUGCCGGAGUGACGGAGUCUGGAGUCAUGCAGGGUUGUGUGUGAAGCUCCCUCUUUUAACGCUAUAACCAUGGCGUUGCUUGCCAGCUUGUGUGCUUAUAUCCUGCUGGCGGCGGCUACGAUAGUGGGAGUGAGCCAUGGGGAGUGCAAGGUUCCAUUCAUAAUGCGAGGGACAUGGUUCAGCUUCGAGAAGGGCAGCAACACCCUCACAGAGAUUGAUGACACCUCCAUGAGCAGGCAUGGCUCUUGUGUCGCCAUGAAAGUGUACCGUAGUGACUACAAGGCGCUGCUCUUCAAGAACAAUGAAUGUUACUACUGUGUGCGGUUUCACAUCAGGACCGUCAACGUCAUGCAAAAAAGUUCAACUGGAUGCAACACUUAUACUCCUCCACAUUACAAGCCAUCCCUGGACGAGGCUUGCGCAGAGCUUGACAAAAACCAGGUCCUCGUCACAAUGUUCAACGAGAACUAUAAACCCAAGAACUGCCGCUCUGCCAUUGAGGGCGUGUGGCAGUUUGCUUACCAGAACAGAUUCUUCUUUACAGGUGAGUGUAACCACCCUGAUGCCAAGAUCCACUCAUGCCAGGAGCCUGGCAACCAGUUCCUCAUCGCUAAUCAGAAGUUUAACCUGACCUUCAAAAAGUGUGAGGGCAUCAAGGAGUCCUUUGAUGGAACUAAAGAGUUUUCCUGUCUGGGCGACUGGUUUAUUGGAAAGAACCAUUUCUUUGCUGCGGCAAACACCAAGGAGUCAAGGAAGGAUGAGAAGUACCGCUGCUUUGUGCGUAACCGUGAUGAUGACGUCUACAUGGGCCACUCCAUCACACCAGAGUGUUCUGUGCUCAAGACUCCUGAGAACAGCCCCUUCAGGUUCCGUAUGACUCCAGUAAAGCAGGAGACAGUCACACCCGGGUGUCUGCUGCCCAAGAACUUCAGUGGAGAGUGGAUGAACACAGCCCACACAGAGGCAGACGUGUUUAUCAACCAGACCCACAUCAUAGAGACCACGUAUCCAGAUGAGGGGCGCUAUCGGAGGACUAUCUAUGUGUGCCGAGAAUCAAGGGACAACCGCUACAUGAUGGCCAGGCUCAACAUUGAUGGAUGUCAGAAGGACUACGUGUGUUUUGAGUUUGUGCCACGCCACCACAACAUCAUCAGGUUCAGGAAGGGUCUGGAGAUGAUUCGGGAAGAUUUCUCUACUGUCUGUUCCUACAUCCAGUUUAAGAGUGGACGAGACUGGAACUACAACCUCAUGUUGGCCAAGGACCCUGUGGCUGUGAAGUGCCCUGUUGCUGGCAAGUUCAACUUUACACAGAAAGGGGAGCUUCCGUUCGAGACCCGAAUCCUGGGAGGUGUUACCAAGUCUCCCUGGGAUGACAUCUACUGCAGGGAAAACAUCUCUGACCUCUCAGUGUGUGACGAGGAUCAAAAAGAGAUGUGGAUAGAUGCCCACUACUGCAUCACAGUGGAUGCCUACGGCCGACAUAAGGAUAUUUACACUGACCCUGACUACAAGCUAAAGUGCAUCGGCUACUGGAAGGAGAAUCUCAAGUCUUACCUGAUCACCUAUGACGAGCUGGAUCCCUUCUCCAAGUACAGAUGUUGGGUGUACCAGAGGGCUGACCUCAACAGGGUGCUCAUGUCCCAGAGUGUUGGUCCAUUCUGUAACUUAGCCCAGACCGUCCUCAGUCCAGACAAUGGUGCUGCGGUUAUACUCAACAUGGUGGAGUACGAGAGAGAACAUGACCGUUGUCCCAUGAACUUUGAUGAUGGAUCUUACCCCUGGAAAGAACCUGGCUCCAACUUGCACAUCUUUGAAUUUCAGCCCACAGGUGUUGCAACCCUGACAACUACCUUGUCUGGAAUGCUCUUGUUCUUGCUUCUCUCCUUCCACCUCAUACACUUAAGUUGAGAAUGAUAAAUGAAAGGUAAGGCCAUGUCAGGAGAUAAUAAUUUGUUAGGCUGAGAAUGAAAAUGAAAGGUAAAGCCAUGUCAGGAAUAAAAAGAAUGUAUCAUUUUUCAAGAUUGUGUGAAAAUGUCAGUCCAUAAAAUAAGAAUGACAAAAAUUUA